AUGGCAAUCAUCACUGCAGCUCGCGACUGCUCUGACCUCUCUGUUCUUCCUCCUCCAAGUCGCAAGCAUCUCGCCGCCUUGCGACUGCUUUCAGCUCGCGAUGCUUCACAUCACCCCGCAACCACUUUCUUUCAACUUGGCAUCAACACCGACUCCUUCCGUUCGCGAUCAUCACUGCAGCUCGCGACUGCUGUCAACUCUGUGUUCUUCAUCUAUCCAGGCUUCUUCCAGUCACAAGCAUCACAUAACCCUGUGACCGCUUCCAACUUGGAAUACUUCAUCAACACCUGCCCCUUCCAGUCACAAUUAUCACUGCAGUUUGCGACCGGUUUUGUAUCAUUCCCCGGUCUUACUUGUUGA